AUGCCCCGACGUGAUCUCGUGAGAAUAGUAUUGGUCGGUGAUGAUGGAGUAGGGAAGUCAUCAAUAAUAACUUCAUUAAUCAAAGAAUCAUUCGUGAAUAAUGUUCAACAUGUCGUACCGGAAGUAACUAUACCUCCAGAAGUCACUCCAGAGAACGUCACAACCUCCAUAGUAGAUACUUCAUCCAAUCCCCGUUCCCGAGCACACCUAUUAUCCCAACUCACACGAGCGCAUGUGAUAUGUCUGGUGUACAGUAUAUCCGAACCAAGUAGUUUUGAUAGAGUAGCGGAGUAUUGGUUACCCCUGUUCAGGAGGGAAGGUAUAAAUAUACCGGUGAUAUUAGUUGGGAAUAAGAUAGAUCUGAGAGGUGGGCAGGUGACGAAUCAGGGAUUAGAAGAUGAGAUAGCACCGAUCAUGAGGGAGUUCAAGGAAGUCGAAACGGUCGUAGAAUGUUCAGCAUUAUUACCACUGAAUGUAUCGGAAGUGUUCUACUUCGCUCAGAAAGCUGUACUGCAUCCUACCGCCCCGUUGUACGACUCAAGGGAACAUACACUAAAACCCAAAUGCCUAGAAGCACUGAAACGUAUAUUCAGGAUAUCGGACGUAGAUAAAGAUGGGUUAUUGAAUGCCGUAGAAUUGAAUCAAUUUCAGCAAAAAUGCUUCUCCACGCCGUUGCAGUAUCAAGAACUAGAAGGUAUACUCGAUCUCGUUCGAUCAUAUGAUCCAUCAGCUGUACUUCCCGGUAUAACGGAAUUAGGUUUCUUGUAUCUUCAUACGAUAUUUAUACAGCAGGGGAGGAUGGAAACUACUUGGACGGUGUUGAGGAAGUUUGGAUAUGGGGAGGGAUUGGAUCUGAGAGAGGACUUCUUGACGCCAAGAUUCGACGUACCAUACGAUUGUUCCGUCGAACUAUCACCUCUAGGUAACCAAUUCCUCACAGACAUCUUCGAAUCAUAUGACAAAGAUCAGGAUGGAGCCCUGUCUCAAUCCGAAUUAGACGAACUGUUCUCGACUUCACCAGGUAAUCCAUGGUCGGCUAGUGGAUUUCCAGAUAGUACCAUUACAGAUGAUAUGGGCAGAGUAACGCUUCAAGGGUGGUUGGCACAAUGGUCAAUGACUACUUUACUAGAUCAUCGAACGACCCUCAACUAUCUAGCCUAUUUGGGAUAUUCCUCUACACCAUCUGCAUCUACCGAACCACCUCUUAGUACACCUACCGCAUUACAUAUCACUCGACCGAGAAAACAGGAUAGAAGGCAGAAGAAAGUCACGAGAUCGGUAUUCCUAUGUUAUGUCCUGGGUGCGACUGGUUCAGGCAAGACGAGUUUACUGAGGUCGUUCGUGAAUAAGGGAUUCAGAGGGCAUGAAGAUGGGUCUCCGGGAGGAUAUGGGUAUGAACCGACGACGAAGGUCUUGAGUGUGGUGAAUUCGGUGGAGAUCGAGGGACAGGAAAAGUAUCUAGUGCUCCAGGAGUUUGGCUCAAAAUACGAAUCAGAGACAUUACGCAAUUCCAAGAAGUUAGAUAUGGCCGACGUGAUAAUAUACGUCCAUGAUUCCAGUGAUACCAAUUCGUUUUCUUAUAUAUCGAAUUUGAGGCAACAAUAUUCACUUGAUCAUAUACCUGCGAUUUUCGUUGCUACCAAAUCGGAUUUGGACCUGGCUCAACAGCGUCAUGAAGUCCAACCUGAUUCUUACUGUCGUCGAUUAGGUUUACCAGCACCUAUGGCUGUCAGUGCUAGGUUGGGGCCAAUGACAAAUCUGUGGGUAGCGAUUACAAGAGUGGCCUUGAAUCCAACAUCAUCCCUUGCUCGAGGUCCAUCAUCGACCAUGUCUCCUGCUCAGAGGGUACGGAUGAUAGCGUCCAUCACUCUGGCUACUACUACUUUUACGGCUGUCGUAGGUAUCUGGAUGAGGUAUCAGGGAUAUACAUUUAGAGGUAUAUGGGGUUGGAUAGGGAGGAUAAGUGGGUUGGGCAGAGGUGGUCAACAGUAG